GCCCACCAAUCACACGUGCUCCUCCGCCUCACUAUUGACAACGUUUGUGGCAGCGUCACAGACACCAGCCUCGAUUUUUGUGUUUUUGAAGGGGAUUUCUUCGCUCCGCAACUUUCAAGAUGUCGUACGCUCCCAAGUCUAAAGUGCAGAAGGUUAUGGUGCUGCCCAUUAAUCUUAUCUUUAGGUACCUGCAGUCCCGUGCCCGUGUACAGGUGUGGCUUUAUGAAAACCAGAACUUACGUAUUGAAGGUCACAUAAUUGGUUUUGACGAGUACAUGAAUGUUAUGCUGGACCAGGCUGAAGAAGUACACAUGAAGAAAGGUACUAGGAAGACUAUUGGUCGCAUUCUGUUGAAGGGUGAUAAUAUCACUUUAAUCCAAAACACUCAACCAGAUGGUACAAACAUGUAGUUAUGUAGUCGCCAUCUGUGGUUCCUCGACUGUCGGACAAGCAGUUAUCCGAGCACCAGUCAGGAGGCAGUUCUACAAUAAGGCAUUGAAUGUAUUUGAAUGGAGUACAAGUAUCUUUGGAUUUGCACUAAUUUUUCCAUAAUUAUCCAUAUAGUCAUUUAUUAAAUGUAUUUUGCCUAGAAUUUUAUGAAAAUUUAAGUUUGAAUUUAAAUUUAACUUUAUUUUGGCAACAGUGGCAUUGAAUAUACUGUAUUUGUUUCAAUAAAAUUUGGCUAUUGUGAGAGGUAUGUCUGCUCUCAUUAAUAUUUAAAUGUAUUUUUUCAUUAGGUAAACUACAAUAGUUUGGGAGUUUUCAUAGUGCAAUUUUUUAAUGUUUGAAUGGAAACAAUUUUGUAAUAAAAACAUAAACCUUU